UUGCCUUUUUGGUUAUGUGUUAUAUCACAGAUUUGAACCACUGAGUGUGUUUUGUGAAAAUGAUUGAUUCUGUGAAAAUAUUUUAAAAUUUAAACCCAAUUAUUAUUAAUUUUUGAAAAUUAAGUUUAUAAUUUGAAAAUUUGGGCAAUAUUAAAUCUGAAUAAUUUUAUGUGCUUUCCUUUAAACAGAUUUGGGCCCAGAUUUGUUUGGUUAUGAUUAAAUAAAUACCUACAAUAGAAUAAAAUGUCUUUCCCCAGUAAAGACGAGCGAAAUAGUUGUUGGAAUUCAAGAGACGAAUAUUGGAAAUGUUUGGACGAAAAUGCAUCACGUAAAGAUGUACCUGAUCCUUGCUUGGAAUUAAGAAAAUUGUAUGAAACGAAAUGCCCUUCUACUUGGAUCAAAUAUUUCGAUCGAAGGCAUAAAUACUUAAAAUUUAAGGAUAAAAUGGAAAAAGAAGGAUAUGAACCAAUUGAAACCUUAAAGUAAUUUAGAAGAAUUGUAUAUUUAUUAUUGUUAAGUUCUUAUGAAACGUUGUACAUAAGUUUUUGUAUAAAUAUACUAGUCGAA